CUUACAGAGCUGUGUUGCGUGCGCCGCGUUUCAACUUUAGCAACUACUCCAUUUCAAGGAAUAAUGCUCAUUGUGAGAACAACAAAGUGGGAUUGUACACAAUAGACUGAGAAAAGCGCAUAGAGGACACAAAUAUUGCAAACUGAGGUGAUUAACAAGUUCAUUUGGAACCUUUAUAUUUGUUACCAGGGAAUCGUGCAGGAUGUCCGCUGCUUCAUUCGUAGGCUACACUGAGAAGAAUAAUUGAAUAGGAUUUUGUUUACUACCUUCUCAAUGACUUGUAUAACUGGAUUCAACAUCAUUUACACCGGGCAAUAAUAACCAGCUUCCUGGACUGUUUCUCCUCUGUUUCUGGAAGCGGAGGGACCAUGCUGUGGGACAAACUAUGGUGGCUGUCCACCUUGCUGGCCCUGUCGGCCGAAGCAUUGCCCACACUGCCCAUCGAGCCCCUCUCUGCCCCUCGGGUUUUCCUCUCCUUCAAAGAGCUGAGAUCUACUGGCACUGCCCACCACUUCUCCUUCCUGCUCAACUCAACAGACUACCGUAUCCUGCGUAUGGACGAGGACCACGACCGCAUGUACGUGGGCAGCAAGGACUACAUCCUGUCUCUGGACCUGCACGACAUCAACAAGGAGCCACUCAUAAUUCACUGGCCAGUUGCUCCUCAGAGGAAAACUGAGUGUGUUUUGUCUGGAAAGGAUAUCAACGGGGAAUGCGGGAACUUCAUCCGUCUGAUCGAGCCGUGGAACCGAACCCACCUGUACGUGUGUGGAACAGGGGCAUACAACCCCAUCUGCACCUACGUGGACCGCGGGCGCAGGUCCCAGGCCCUCUACCUGCAGGCACCCCAGUCCGGAGGGAGGACCAGCCGGGCGGCAGACUUCAGCACUACGGCAGGGCCUGUGGAGUCAAAGGAAUAUAUCUUCCGUUUAGAGCCAGGCAAAGUGGAUUCGGGGAAAGGCAAAUGUCCUUACGACCCUAAACUCAACAGCGUCUCAGCUUUGAUCAAUGGGGAGCUCUACGCUGGGGUCUACAUUGACUUCAUGGGGACAGAUGCGUCCAUCUUCCGUACUCUAGGGAAACAGACUGCCAUGAGGACGGAUCAAUACAACUCCAAAUGGUUAAAUGAUCCCAUAUUCAUCAAGGCACACCUCAUCCCAGACAGUGCUGAGAAGAAUGAUGACAAGCUGUACUUCUUCUUCCGGGAGAAGGCUUCAGAGAUGGGCCAGAGUCCCAUGGCCCAGUCCAGGAUAGGCAGGAUCUGUCUGAAUGAUGAUGGUGGACACUGCUGUCUGGUCAACAAGUGGAGCACUUUCCUGAAGGCCAGACUCAUCUGCUCUGUGCCUGGAGUGGACGGCAUAGAGACCCACUUCGAUGAACUCCGGGACGUGUACAUCCAGCCAACUCAAGACACAAAGAAUCCUGUCAUCUACGGAGUGUUCUCAGUUUCAGGAUCCGUGUUUAAGGGCUCAGCAGUGUGUGUCUACUCCAUGGCUGACAUCCGUCAGGUCUUUAAUGGACCCUAUGCUCACAAGGAGGGGCCCAACUACCAGUGGAUGGCCUACACUGGGAAGAUCCCCUACCCUCGGCCUGGGACGUGUCCCGGAGGUACGUUCACCCCCAACAUGAAGUCCACUAAGGAUUACCCAGACGAGGUGAUUAACUUCAUGCGGAACCACCCCACCAUGUACAACACUGUGUACCCAAUACACAAGCGCCCCCUGGUGGUCCGGAACAACGUGGACUAUGAGUUUACCACCAUCACCGUGGACCAGGUGGCUGCUGCCGAUGGGAGCUAUGAGGUCCUAUUCCUGGGGACAGACAGGGGGACGGUUCAGAAGGUAAUUGUCCUGCCCAGAGAUGACCUGCAGACUGAAGAGCUGGUGCUAGAGGAGGUGGAGGUGUUCAGGGUGCCAACUCCCAUAACCACCAUGAAGAUUUCCUCCAAAAGGCAACAGCUGUAUGUGGGCUCAGUGUUGGGUGUGACCCACCUGGCCCUCCAUCGCUGUGACGUGUACGGGGAGGUGUGUGCUGACUGCUGCCUGGCCCGGGACCCCUACUGCGCCUGGGACGGAAAGUCCUGUACCCGCUACUCCGCCUCACAGAAGAGAUCUGACCCCUCUAGGCGCAGCCGUCGACAGGAUGUAAAGUAUGGCAACCCAAUCCGCCAGUGCAGAGGCUAUAACUCCAAUGCCAAUAAGAACACGCUGGAGAUGGUGCAGUAUGGGGUGGAGGGCAGCACUACGUUCCUGGAGUGUCAGGCCAGGUCCCCUCAUGUGUCUCUGAAAUGGCACCUGCAGAGGGAGAACAGCGACAGGAAGAAAGAGAUCCGCUCUGAGGGCCGGACACUAAAGACAGAGCAGGGUUUGCUGCUGCGUUCCCUCCAGUCAUCAGACAACGGCGUCUACCUGUGCACAGCCACAGAGAAGAACUUCAAACACACGCUGGUCAAGCUACAGCUGGUGGUCCUGUCCAGCCGCACGGUCAACAGCAUCCUGGUAGAGACAGGCAGCCCAGCCCUGCCACACCUCCAGUCCAGCCCUUGGACCCCCAGUGCGGGUCAGUACAAGGACCUGCUGACCAUCCUGAGCCAGCCAGAGAUGGGCCUGAUCAACCAGUACUGUCAGGACUACUGGCAGCUGGGAGAGGGCAGUCCGGGGGACCCCAUGCUGGCCGUUGGCAAGGCCAAGGAACUGAAGGAGCUGAAAGAGCAGAAGAAGCCCCGCAACCGCCGGCAUCAUGACGAUGAGGAUGAGCGUGAGGACGAUGACGAUGAGCACACCACCCCAGCCGAAACAUGAGGCCGUAGGCUUAUACCACAGGCCACACACUACCCCAACACCCGACUCCCGACCCCUUGUCCCAUCUGCUCUCUCCCUCUCUGCACAACCCUCCAAAAAUGGGAAAGACUUCAAUCAAAGGAUUAAAAAAGGUAAUGAUCAAUAGCGAUAAGAAAGAGAAACCACUACAAGCAAACAACAAACAGGUUCUUCUUAACUGUUAAAAAGAUACACAGUAUUUAUUGUAGGUUGUACAUAGUAAGAUUCUGUGGAUUUCUUUGUACUUAAAUAGAAAACAAGGCUUUUUUGUGCAAAUCUGUGCAAAUCUGAUUGUUAUUAUAAUGAUAUUAUUGUUGGUAGUGUUAUUGUUUAUUACAAAUGGUGUUAUUACAUUGCAAAAAAUCUUUAUGUUCUGUAUUUUGGAUGAAGCGCAGCAACACAUCGAAAGGACAUUUGAAAGUGUAAAUAUCUACAGCUGAAUGGACUGAUAAGAAUGCUUUCAAAAAGAUUUUGUUAAUUUGGCUCCAUGUUGGAUCAUUCCACUGCUGGCAGUAUGCAGUCUGAGGUGGGAGGAGUCAGAUCACUGAUGUGUGAUGAACCUCCCCCAAAGACAUGAUGGACAGUUGAUUCCCACAGCCAAUGAACUAUAAGGAUGUCACUUCAAGGCACUUCAUUGGACACGCAGAUAGAUGAGGAAAUGCCGAUACGAGGCUGCAGCUUUGAGUUUGUCCCACGGCCACAGACAGACACGAGAGUGAAAGGCCUUGUGGGAAAUGAUGCCCUCCUCUUCCUUAGCCAGCCUAACUGACCUAACAGGGGUGAAACAAGACUUGACCCCAAAUUCCCUCAAGUAUUUUCUACUCUUCCAGAAGCUGAUGAGGGGUGCCUGUAUGUUCUGUGGUCCAAUCUGGCUUUCUUUCAACACCAUUUGUUACAUUUACAUUGAUAUUGCCAGUCUCUUCCAGAACUAGUUGCUGUGGACUUUUUGUGUGUAUAUGUAGUAUAUGUAAAUAUGACAUCUCAAUGUUGUACCCUUGAGGCUGUGAUAGUUAAAAUAAGUGUUUUGGGGGAUAGGAUAGAAAUAACAUUGACUUUCCUUUGUACACCAUUGUUCAAUUGAGAUUAGAAUUUCAAGCAGGCCGCUACAUAAUUUGUGACAAUUUGAUUUUGCACAAUUACUACAAGAGAUAAAGAAAUCUCUUAGUCUCCAAACUAAUCCAUAAGUAUACUGGUUUGCAUUCCAGCCUAUACCUAUUCUCCUUAUGAGGUCAGUUGUUUCAUAUGAAUUGUGCUAAACAUUUCUAAACUCCUCCAAUCCUGCCAUGUAGUUUCCAAUAUCACCGCUCUCCUUGUAAUAUAUAUACCCUUAGUCCACAUUGUUUUACGUCAGAUAGCGCAACAAUUUUGCCUGCACUGAUUGGCGGUUGAGGGACGAGCGUAGGAGUGACGCCACCUGACGUAAGACAAUGGUUAGUCCAUGGAAGUCACUAAAGGGAAAGUGUGCAAAGACUGUUUUAAAAAUGAAAGUGGAGAGGGUUACCAUAGGUUUGUCGGAGCUGUUGUCCAUCUCCUACAGAAGGUAAAUGUUACACAACUGUCACUAAAGAGUUUAUUCAACUUCUCUGAUCAGCCGUUGUUGAUGGUAUUCUGCAUGAAAAUGACUCCGUCUCCAUGUACAACUCUAUGUAUAUAGCUACAGCCACUAGAAUGAUCUGCUCUUGACCACAGGAAAACACAUACCAAACUCUUUGGGACGGUGGCUUUUCAUUGUGUGCAUGAAAUGUAUUAUGUACUGUAUAUGAUAUUCGUCCAAAAAGCUAUGCUGUGGAUGUCAGUGGAUGGAAAGGCAGAUGGAGUCAUACCCUAGUGGGGGAAUAUUCAACACACAGAGGCCCCUUUGUCUCUUUAGCUCUCCUUCUCGCUCUCUCUCUACCUCUCUCCUCUCUCUUUGUCUCUUUACCUCUCUCCUCUCUCUUUCUCUCUUUACCUCUCUCCUUUCUCUUUCUCUAUUUACCUCUCCUCUCUCUUUCUCUCUUUUUCUCUCUCCUCUCUCUUUGUCUCUUUACCUCUCUCCUCUCUCUUUCUCUCUUUACCUCUCUCCUUUCUCUUGCUCUCUUUACCGAUCCUCUCUCUUUCUCUCUUUUUCUCUCUCCUCUCUCUUUGUCUCUUUUUCUCUCUCCUCUCUCUUUCUCUCUUUACCUCUCUCCUCUCGCUUUGUCUCUUUACCUCUCUCCUCUCUCUUUGUCUCUUUACCUCUCUCCUCUCUCUUUCUCUCUUUACCUCUCUCCUCUCUCUUUCUCUAUUUACCUCUCUCCUUUCUCUUUCUCUAUUUACCUCUCCUCUCUCUUUCUCUCUUUACCUCUCUCCUUCUCUAUUUACCUCUCUCUUUGUCUCUUUUUCUCUCUCCUCUCUCUUUGUCUCUUUACCUCUCUCCUCUCUCUUUCUCUCUUUACCUCUCUCCUCUCCCUUUGUCUCUUUACCUCUCUCCUCUCUCUUUCUCUCUUUACCUCUCUCCUCUCUCUUUCUCUCUUUUUCUCUCUCCUCUCUCUUUGUCUCUUUACCUCUCUCCUCUCUCUUUGUCUCUUUACCUCUCUCCUCUCUCUUUCUCUAUUUACCUCUCUCUUUCUCUCAUUCUCUUCCUUUCUCUCUUCUUCUCUCUCUCAUCCUCUCUCUCUCUCGCUCCCUCUUUCUUUCCAAAAAGUUUUUUGUUGUUGUUACAUAUUUCAAAUAUAUGCAUCUUUGGCAAAUUUUUGGUAUGGGUUAUUUAGGAAAAAUCACUUAGUAUGACAUAAAGCACAGUUGAUGUUGUUGUAAUGAUUUGUGUAAACAACUAUUUCUCCUUUCUCAUUGAUGUUGCUGACUAAUAAAUUAAAGCUCUAUAUUUUAUAAAAACAGAAAUCAUGUUUAUAUUCAUAUGGUGCAUGGAUAACUAUACUGAACAAAUAUAUAAUGCAACGUGCAACAAUUUCAAAGAUUUUACAGAGUUACAGUUCAUUUCAGGAAAUCAGUCAAUUGAAAUAAAUUCCUUAGGCCCUAAUCUAUGAAUUUCACAUGACUGGGAAUACAGAUAUCCAUCUGUUGCUCAUAGAUACAUAAAAAAAGCUUCACAAUGGGCCUCAACAUCUCGCCACGGCAUCUCUGUGCAUUCAAAUUACCAUCGAUAAAUUCAAUUGUGUUCGUUGUCCGUAGUUUAUGCCUGCACAUAACCCCACCGCCACCAUGGGGAACACUCUUCAUAAUGUUGACAUGAGCAAACCACAUGCCCACACGAUGCCAUACACGUAGUCUGCGGUUGUGAGGCCAGUUGGACAUACUGCAAAAUUCUCUAAAACGACGUU